GUAUCCCCUUCACAGCGGCAUGAUCGUCUGCAGUAAACAAAAAGUCGGGAGGUCCAGUACCGUGUGUGUUUGAAUGAAAUUACCAUGAAACCAGGGUCAACACGGCGAACGAAACAGUGACAAGUUCCAGUACAACUUCCCUUCUCCCCACACAUCCCAGUCAAGGAGGAGAAGGACACAGCAAUAUGUCAGCCGAAGUAGCAUCGAGUUCGGCUGUCCAGGAUGGCUCGAGGAGGACCCUAUUUACCCCACAGGAAAUCGACCAAAUCGCCAAGUUUCUCGUGUCGAACCAGAGGAGAGAGAGGGAGAAUAUCAUUAUUCCGAGGACCUUUGUUCCUGUGGUGAUAAAGGGGAGAGAAGAGAAGACAGUAGAAGCGAUAUUCGAGAGCUGUCCUUUCAAGGCGGUGUUGUCUCUCAUGGCAGGCUUUGUCCUUGGUGGUGGUAUUGGUCUAUUUGCUGCCAGUGUGACACCAACUAUACCAACACCAGAAAAACCUACACAGUCAGCCAGAGAGGUUCUCAGAGAAUUAAAAGUCUCUACAAUUUCAUAUGGUAAAAAUUUUGCUGCUAUAGGAUUCCUGUUUUCAGGGAUAGAAUGUGGGAUUGAGUCGUAUCGUGGGAAGAGCGAUUGGAAAAAUGGAACGUAUGCUGGAGGUCUCACAGGAGGUCUUCUUGGAAUUAGAGCUGGAGUGAAGGCUGGAGUACUUGGUGCCUGUGGAUUUGCAGUUUUUUCCUUUGCUAUUGAUUACUACAUGAGAGGAGGACUCUGAUUUCCUUUCUAUUAUAUUUUUGUGGUAGGGAAGGAGAGAUUUAUGUGAUGUCUUUUUUAUGAAAAAAAAAUCCCUUAAUGGCUUCCGUUAACAAUGUUUAUUCAUGUGGCAGGAUGACAGCAAUGUCUUCUGAAGAAUUCAAAACUUGUAAAUUGCAACUUUUGAAUUUAGAGAUUUGUGAUAUAGAUUUUAUGUAUUCAGAUGGUUUAUGGUUUAAAGAAAGAUUAUAACGUACAUUUGAAUUCAUAGUAAUUCUCUUCAUAUUUGUUGUUUAUAUGAACAAAAUAUAUACAGGUAAAAAACAAUAAAUCUACAGACUAUUGUAGAAGUUAUUUCAGAAAUCACCUUAAAUUGAUACAAUUUGUAAAUCACCAAAUAUUUGAAAAUUAAUACUUCCAUGAUGAGGCAAUGAAUGGACAUAGUGAUUUUAAAAUUUUGGAAAAACUGUUUGUGAGAGAAAAUAUUUGUUAUGUAAGAUCCAUUUCUGUAUGAAAAUCUUGUUUUUUUUACUUUCUUUUUUUCUAUAGUGGAAGGUGGAUACGGUACAAUAUUCAGACUUUGAUGAAGUCAAGUGGCUACAUGGCAAAGAAAAUCUCAGAAUUAUGUAAACAAUAAUUGUAUUAUUGUUUAGAGCUAAGAUAGCAGAAUAUUGUCAUGGAGUCUGCAUUUCUCUACUUUUGUUUAGCAAAAGAAAUAACUCGCAAAUGCCUCGGGUGCUCUUUAACCCACUUCAUGACUUAGCUUAGUCUGCCAAAUGAUGCUGGCUGCGAGAGGAUGAACUUUGUACUUUUAUUUGUUAAUACUGUUGAACUAUUUUCAUACAUGAUAUGUAUAUACAGUGUAUAUGACAUGAGAUAUGUAAAUAAAAUUGAACAAGAAA